ACCAGCCCAUAGUGAAAUCCUGUGAUGAACACUGAUGCUAAGAGAAAUCUCUGCUGCUCUGUGAAGAGGCUGACAAAAAGCUCAAAACUCCCUUCCCCUUUGUCUAAAAAACCCCAAAACAAAAAGAAGAACCCACUAAGGUCAAUGACCCUGAAAUCAACUGUAGAAGCACCAGCAUGUAAGCAGAAAAAUACAGACUGAGAAGGAUGGGGGUGGCAAUGUGAUAGGAAAGGUCUAUUUUAUUACAGAAAACCUUCCUUCUUCACAAACGCUGGGCCCACUGCUGGUACCCUGGUGCCUGUGGGGAUGGCGAGGAUCACCGCUAUGGUGCCCAGAGCAGCACUCAGCCAUUCCUCUGGCUUGGAUGCAGGAGAAAUAUUAGUAUCAAAGAAUGACAGCUGCUUCACCAAGUGGAUGCAUUGUGCAAGAGCUCAUUAUUUACAACUACCGCCUCUGUUGAACUCUUCCUUACAUUUCAUCCUUAUUUCCUUUUAGAAGUGGAAAAACAACUGAGGUUUGAUGUUUUGUGUGCUAUCAACUGAAAUUGGGGCCGUCAUGAAUAUAACCAAGGGUGGACUGGUGCUGUUUUCAGCUAAUUCCAAUUCGUCAUGCAUGGAACUAUCGAAGAGGAUUGCUGAGCGCUUAGGAGUUGAGAUGGGGAAGGUUCUGGUUUAUCAGGAGCCAAACAGAGAAACAAGAGUGCAGAUUCAGGAGUCUGUGAGAGGAAAGGAUGUUUUUAUCAUCCAAACAGUUUCAAAGGAUGUGAACACUACAAUUAUGGAACUCCUGAUCAUGGUGUACGCCUGUAAAACCUCCUGUGCCAAAAGCAUUAUUGGAGUGAUUCCUUACUUCCCAUACAGCAAACAGUGCAAGAUGAGGAAAAGGGGCUCCAUUGUCUGUAAAUUACUGGCUUCCAUGAUGUGCAAAGCUGGGCUAACUCAUCUUAUUACCAUGGAUUUACAUCAGAAGGAAAUACAGGGCUUCUUCAAUAUUCCAGUUGAUAACUUGAGGGCAUCUCCAUUUUUACUACAGUACAUUCAAGAAGAGAUACCAGACUACAGGAAUGCUGUAAUUGUGGCCAAAUCACCUGCGUCUGCAAAGAGGGCACAGUCAUUCGCUGAGCGGUUACGGUUGGGAAUUGCUGUGAUUCAUGGGGAAGCUCAAGAUGCUGAGUCUGACAUGGUGGAUGGUCGACACUCGCCACCCACGGCCAAAAAUGUAGCUGCUAUUCAUCCCAGUUUGGAGAUACCCAUGCUGAUUCCCAAGGAAAAACCACCCAUCACAGUUGUUGGAGAUGUAGGAGGAAGAAUAGCUAUCAUUGUGGAUGACAUCAUAGAUGACGUUGACAGCUUUCUUGCUGCAGCCGAGACCCUCAAGGAACGGGGGGCUUACAAGAUCUUUGUCAUGGCCACACAUGGCCUGCUGUCCUCAGAUGCUCCCAGGCUGAUAGAGGAAUCUGCAAUCGAUGAAGUGGUUGUUACAAACACAAUUCCACACGAAAUACAAAAACUCCAGUGCCCGAAGAUCAAGACUGUGGAUAUCAGCAUGAUCCUCUCAGAAGCCAUUCGCAGGAUCCAUAACGGGGAGUCCAUGUCGUACCUUUUCAGAAAUAUAGGACUGGAUGAUUAAUGCUUUUUAUUCUAAAUAAACACUCCGGGCCAAACUGGAAGCGAACAGAUAACGAGCUGUGAAGCAUCAUGCUUACCUUAAUAUUUCUGUUGAGCCACUUUUUUGUUUCCUCUUGGUUUAAGUAUCAAGGUAGAACAGUUUUUAAGAGCUAUUUUUUUCCUUUGCAGGGUUGUUUGGGGUUGGGGGGAGUGGGUGGGGAAUAAAGAUUUUACAAGAAAACUGUUCUAGUUGCUUUUGGGUUAGUUGCACUAUAUAUCUGAUGGAAAAAAACCCACAAAACACUUGAGGCAAGAAUUUGGCUUCUAAAUUAAGCAUUCCUUUUCCAAAGCUGCUUGCUACAAGUGCUUUAAAAGAUAAUAAAAUUAAGUGACUGUAUAAUAUUUGCAUUUUAAAAGCCAAAAAGGUUGUAGUGUUGUAUGUGGUUCAGUGAUUUUGUAGGAGUGCUUUUAUAGAAAAGCAUAUGAAAUAUGCACCUGUAUUUAUUUUCUGCGACAAAGAAUAAAGAUUUGUUUUGUGUGAGCUUUCUAAAAA